AUGCUCAUUCUCAAUGGGAGAGUAAUAUUACUUCAUGCCUUAUCUUUUAGAUGCUUAAUAUAAUGCAAAUGCGAUAAAACUCUCAGAGAUUAUUCAUUGAACAUCACUGAACAGAAAAUUGAUAAUCUUGAUGGAUUGGAGUUCAAUGUGUAGGAUUAACUAAAAUACUUUAAUCUUGAUAGGGCAAGGGAAGCCCUCUUUGAGGCCAAAGAUAAAUACAUCGAAUUGCGAAGAGAAGAGAGAACACUAAAGAAAUACGAAGCUAAGUUUAAGAGACUUUAGCAAUUGAAUCAAACAGCCACAGAAUUGAUAAAAAAGACAAUUAUUGAUUAUGAGCACUGCGACAUGAAUUGCGGAAUUAAUUGUAUAAGACCCAAGCUAGAAUUCCCUAGUAUAGUCUUGUGUUUGAAUUAGCAAUGUUCAUGCUAACUUAUUUCAAACCCAGAUGAAAUCAUAGAUAGAUAUGAAAAUAGAGUAGUUGAUGCGGAACCAUACCUUAUCGAAGAUCAGUUCGAAGGUGAAGUUGAUAAAACAAAUGAUAUUUAUAAUAUAAGCAAGCCAACGACUCUUUUUCAAUCUAUUUGCAAUUAUACUUGCUUGGAAGAAUGCGAUUCAAUAAGAUAAUUCCUAGAGGAAGAUAGUUACAAAUACUGUAUUUAAAAAGAUUGUGACUGUGACUACGAAUAGCAAAUCCUUGUCUAAUCUCAAAAUUAAGAGAAUUUGGUGGAAGGUUUUAGUCCAUAAAAUCAAAAAAUAUUCUUAAUGCUGACGUUUCUAACUAUAAUCAUAUCUCUAGCUAUCGGUGUUUCUAUUACAUAUAAACCUCUGAAGUAAAGACUUCAGGUGCCUAAACUAGUAAAUAAAUUGACUUCAUUACCUAAUAAGGUGAAAGCAAAUAUUGAUAAGAAAAAUGCAGAUAAGUUUAAGCCCUGUAAAAAUAAUAGCACAUCGAAAGUUAAAUGA